AUGACUGAUCAGGCAGUCACCCCUGUGUGGGACGCUGUCUCGCAAUGGAUUUCAGUCACCAACCCGGAUUUGGAAUACUGGUGGAAGCUAACCGGUCCACACAUCUCCUAUAUGAUGGUGGCGGCUGGCUAUACAGUCGAGGCACAGUAUAACGCACUGUUGUUUCAUUAUCAUUGGAUCAUUCCUUACUUGGGUCCAGCGCUGAGAAAUGAUAGCCGGCCCAACUGGAAGUCUCUCCUCGGCAACGAGGGUUCUCCAAUCGAAUACUCGUGGAAAUGGAACACGGCCAAGGGCAAGCCCGAUGUCCGCUACUGUUAUGCGUCUGUGCGCCGCAUCAUGAGUAUGGGUGGUCGAAAGCAGGUUGCUGAGGAGCAUCUCCAGGAGCUGCGCUCCCUCAUCUGCGCCGUCUCGGGUCUUGACCCAGACUUCCCGGAAGAUCAGGAAAGGCCAUUCACUAGCAGUCACUACACCACCGCGACCAAAGACAACUUUGGCGAGCUGCCGGAGAUUCUCCAUAGCUACAUCUACUACUUCGAUAUCGCACCCGGCAAGUCCGUGCCAGAUAUCAAGUUCUACACCCCGUUCGCCGAGUGGGCAGGGAACCUGAUAGACUGGAUGGAGACACGUGGCCGUGGUAAAUACGCAGGGGAGUACCUCGAUGUGCUAGAGCAUCUUAACCAGCAUCGUAGACUCGAAGACGGCAAGGGUGCCCAUAUUUACAUUAGUGCUCUGAUCAAGAACGAUGGGGAAUUGUAUAUUACCUCAUAUCUUGGGGCCGAAGCAGUGGACCCUUUGCGGCAGGAGGAGCCACGCCGGAGGAGUGACAGCCGCUGA